GACUGCUUCAUCAGUUUUCAUCUAUACUUUGCUCCGCACGGACGUGUCCAUAGUGUCUUCUACACUCUUCGUCUAAAUUCCAUCAAAAAGUAUUUAAUUGAAUUAUCUCUCACAGCACAGUUAGUUGUGUGGAUUGAAAGAUGAGAGCCCAUAUAGGCGGGCCUUUCCCGGCAAUUGUGUUUAUGUGCAUCGUUGGGAUCGCGUGUGCCAAGCUGUUUGUCAAUCCCUAUCCAAGCUACCAGCAUCUGCAAAAGUAUCGCUCCCAAUACGAUACCAACGACGAAGACGUUGGCGAACCGCUUUUUCUGACACCCUUCAUUAAAAAUGGUUCUACAGAAGCCGGGCGCAAUUUGUCGCAUGUGAACAGCGAAGCCAUCCCAGAAGACAUCGUCAGCUACUCGGGAUAUCUGACCGUGGAUGAAAAGUUAAACUCCAAUCUUUUCUUCUGGUACUUUGCCGCACAAAAUGAUCAGAACAAAGAUGCUCCGGUGGUUAUCUGGCUGCAAGGAGGUCCAGGUGCUUCUUCGAUGUAUGGCCUGUUCACUGAAAAUGGGCCGUUUUCGGUGGAUAACAAACUGAAAUUGCAUGCAAGGAAAUAUUCGUGGCACCUCAGUCAUCAUGUGAUCUAUUUCGACAACCCAGUCGGCACGGGUUUCAGCUUCACCGAUCACGAUGAAGGGUACAGCACGAAUGAAACCCAAGUUGGAGAAAACCUUCACAAGGCGUUGGUGCAGUUCUUCCAACUGUUUCCCGAAUUGCAGAAUCGCAAUUUUUACGUUACCGGCGAGUCCUAUGGAGGAAAAUACGUCCCAGCUGUAUCUCAUGCCAUCCAUCGCAAUAAUGACAACGCGAAGAUCAAAAUCAAUCUAAAGGGACUGGCAAUCGGUAAUGGGUUGUGUGAUCCAUUCCACCAACUCGUCUACGGAGACUAUCUCUACCAGCUGGGUCUGAUUGAUUCCAAUGCCCGUGACAAAUUCCACGAGUACGAAAAGAAAGGCCGAGACUGUAUUUCCAAAGGCGAUUUGAAUUGUGCAUUCGAGGCGUUUGAUGCGCUGAUCAACGGAGAUAUGUAUUCCAGUGGAUCUUUGUUCAAGAAUGUGUCUGGCUUCGAGACCUAUUUUAACUAUUUGCAAACAAAACCAGACCCCAAGGACGAUUACAUGGUCAAAUUCUUGGAGCAACCGGAGACUCGGAAAGCAAUUCAUGUUGGAAACAAUACCUUCCACGAGUUGGACAGCGAAAACAAGGUCGAGGAACAUCUGAAGCUGGACGUGAUGAAGUCGGUGGUGCCAUAUUUGGAAGAACUGUUGAACGCGUACCGCGUAGUUAUCUACAACGGUCAACUGGACAUUAUUGUGGCCUACCCGUUGACUAUGAACUUCGUUCAGAAGCUGAACUUCCCUGCUCGGGAUCAAUAUAAAAAAGCACCACGCUACAUAUGGAAGGUGGACGGUGAAAUCGCCGGAUAUGCGAAAGAAGCUGGCAACUUGGUAGAGGUGUUGGUACGAAACGCCGGACAUAUGGUUCCCAAAGAUCAACCCAAGUGGGCCCUUGAUCUACUGAUGAGACUUACCCACGGUAAAAGUUAUGCUAGAAACGGUUAAGUUAACAGCAUGCUGUUAUUGUUUAGUGAAUAUUGAAGAUGGAAAAAUAAAUACAUUUAAUUUACAUUCGUAGAAAA